AUUUAAGUCACAAGCUGCCGGCUCACUCCUCACAACGACCGCAGCUCAUGUCCACGUCCAGACAACAACCCGAGAGAACUGUUUGCAAGAUCGAACAAGAAUUACACGAUGAAGAUCUGCGUGGCCACCAUUCUGUCAAUCGCCCUCCUUCUGGGUAAUUCUGUCAAGCUCCGAGCUUCCGUUACUGGGCCAGUUCCCUCGGACGGGGAUGGGCCUGCGUCUCAGGUGUGUCAGCAGUGCUGCCAGGGACCUGCUGCAAUACCCGGCAUACCAGGUCUGCCUGGACCGGUGGGACAGAUGGGACCGUACGGUCAGCCGGGGUCAAAGGGCGACAAAGGUCAGCUAGGUCAAAAAGGCGAGAUUGGACGGGUUGGACCUAUGGGUGAUCGGGGAGCACCUGGGAACACUGGGUCUAAAGGUGAUGAUGGCAUUGGUCUGCCCGGCAAGAUAGGUCCGAGAGGCCCACCGGGUCUUGUUGGAGCAGCCGGAGAGGCUGGUGUCAAAGGUCAGAAGGGUGAGCCAGGGGAGACACCAGACGAUUCAAACCAGCGGGUAGCAUUCACCGUGGUGAGGACGAGCAGCUCGGAUACCUCUACGAGUCACGACACCCAUUUGCCCUUCCAGCAGACCGAGACGCUUCUGCCGGGUACCAGUUUCGAUCUCGAGAGCGGUACGUUCACCUGUAGUGUGCCGGGCACCUACGUAUUUACAUUUUCUGUUCUUAAGCAUAGCAACAGCGGUAGCCUUACCAUUCAUCUUGUUAAAAACAACCACAAGGUGAUUACCACCUAUGGUGAAGCAAAUCAACGUGGUCAGUUGUCUGGAAGCGCGGUGCUGGUUCUGCAGCGUGGAGAUACGGUGUAUGUUACCAUGCACGGUAGGGUGUAUGGUGGUUACUACACCUCAUUCAGCGGCUUCCUCCUUUACCCGGAGUCAAUUGAUUAAUUAGAAAUAAUCACCUCACGUAAAUAUAGGAGCAGUGCUGCCCCCCCCCCCUCCCCCUCCAACAAAAUGUUCGGUUUUUUUAUUUUGCCAAAAUAUUAACCAAUGAUUUAACAGAAAUAAUGUUCAAUUUAAUAAUAAUAAACCAAAUGUAUCCUAUGGGUACCAUUAACAGGUAUGAUAAAAAUGAUUAAUUUUAAAUACAUGUUUAGCAUUGAUAUAUCAAAACAGUUUACAUAACAUCAACACUACUUUUUUGAAAUCAUUAAAAAUAAGAUAAAAAUAAAACUCUCAUUUUUAGAAAAUAAUAUUUUAAGCCGCGAUUGAAAAAUUCCAAAUUCAAAAAUAUAUCUCAAUAAAGCUGAAAUCUGUUCCCUAGAUGUAUACAUUGUAAAAGCACAAUCCCUUUAUGCCUUGGUAAGCUUUGGACAAACUUUAGGGUGGCUGAACUUAACCCCGUCGCAGCUUUUAGUGCAAAUGUUAAACUCAUGAACUGAUCUCAACUCGACGGUUUGAAAACUAACCAAGGAUCUUGAAUUCAACCCUUACCGCAUUAUAACCGGGAGCCAAUGUAGUUACUGAAGUAUGGAUGCACAUCCGCUUAACGAUCUCUCCUUCUUGGGAUAACCAGUCGGACAGCAGCAUUCUAAAUAUGAUGUCAUUUCUUAAGCUGGUAAUCAUAUGAACCAAUAAAUAAGACAUAAUCUGUUCCUACAAUCUAAUCGGGAAUUUAGAUGCAUGGUUGAAUAAAUAAUGUAUUUGUUUACAUUUGCACCGCACAGUUCCGUAUAGGCAAUAAAUUUACAAUUUUGAGUGUUUGUUAUAAUUAGCUUUUCGUAGAAAAGUUUUGAGAGAUAUCAAACAAGUAUGUUGACAACAAUUAUACUUGUAUCCACUGUCGAAUGAAAGAUUAUUAGAAAAGCUUUAAUAACAAUGUGAACAAAUAAAAUAUUUGAGAAAACAUGUUAUUUGUUUACUUUUGUUAUGUGAACAUGCAUAAUAAGUAAUGACGAUUGUAAAACCUACAUAUUUCUGCAACGGUUGGGUUAUUCAUAGGUGGAUCGAGACUCGCCCCGAUAUCAUUAAUCCUCGGAAAGAUUUUGUUUCAUGCUGGAAAAAUGUAUGAAUUUCAAUUGCACCAUACAAUCGAAUGUAUUUUUUUUUAAAUGGAUAAAUGGGUGACGUUACGUAUCUUUUUCUUAUUAUUAUGAACCACGUCCGGCCUGUAUCGAAGUGCACCCCUAUGUGAUAUAAAAUUCUUUAUUUCUGAAAAAUUGUUUGAAAGAACUUGUUUAAGUUAGAGUUAGAGUUAAGUUCAAACUCAACAAGUUUUGAGUUUGAACUGUUUUUUGUUUGCUAUAUUAAUAGGUUUUUUUGGAGUGGAUCAAUAUUUGAUUUCACUUUGUAGAGAUAUUUGGCCAUUUUCGACUCUGCUUUUUGGAUGUUUGUGCAGCCAAAUUUUACAAUUUUUUUUAAAGAUUUUUUUACAGAUGUUUGAAAAGUUGUUAAAAAAGGAGGAUGCGAAGACGUAUGAGACACAGCAAUUCCUUUAUGUUUUCGUGUUUGCAAUGUUCACAGAAUAACAGCUUUAUAAAUAGCUGAAAUUUGCACUGCAUUUAAGCAUUUUUGCUGUGAUUUUUUUAAAGACCUCUUUAUUAAUUUGACAUGAGCAGCAUUUAAAAAACUGCAACAAUAUCAAAGUGUGGCUUCUGAAAGUAUUUUACAUAUUUAGAUGAACAAUGCUGAACCUAAAAUGGCACAGAAUGUAGCAUUGUGUGUCUUGUAAUUGUUUGUUUUAAUACAGGGUGAAUCCACACAAAAAAAGCGGAACCCAAAACCCCGA